AUGGAGACUGUGAAGGACGAGGAGCGCUUGCGGCGGCUCCACGCUCUAGAGGAGCGCCUGUGCGAUCCGCGCUCCACUGGCAACGUGGAUUGCUUAUUGGAUACUGUAACGGCCCUAGUCUCAGAUUGCGAUCACCCGGCCAUUCGGCGAAUGAAAAAUGUCGAGGCUUACACCAGUAGAUAUGAAGCAUUUGCUUCAGAAAUUGUUGAUCUACGUAUGAAGGCAGCUGAUUUCGAUCUAAUCAAAGUGAUUGGUCGUGGAGCAUUUGGUGAAGUACAACUAGUCAGACAUAAAUCCACUCAUCAAGUUUAUGCUAUGAAACUUCUCAGUAAAGUAGAAAUGAUUAAAAGAUCUGAUUCUACAUUCUUUUGGGAAGAAAGACAUAUAAUGGCACAUGCAAAUUCAGAAUGGAUAUUAAAAUUGCAUUUUGCCUUUCAAGAUCACAAAUAUCUUUAUAUGGUUAUGGAUUAUAUGCCUGGAGGUGAUCUUGUAAGUCUUAUGUCUAAUUUUGAUAUACCUGAAAAAUGGGCAAAAUUCUACACUAUGGAAAUAGUUUUAGCUCUUGAUGUCAUUCAUGGUAUGGGAUUUGUACACCGUGAUGUUAAACCAGAUAAUAUGUUGAUUGAUAAGUAUGGUCAUUUAAAGUUGGCAGACUUUGGUACAUGCAUGAGAAUGGGCCCAGAUGGCCUUGUACGAGCCAGUAAUGCUGUCGGAACACCUGACUACAUCUCACCGGAAGUCUUACAGUCACAAAAUGGUGAAGGUGUCUAUGGACGUGAAUGUGAUUGGUGGGCUGUAGGAAUAUUUUUAUAUGAAAUGUUGAUAGGUGAUCCACCUUUUUAUGCUGAUAGUUUAGUAGGAACUUAUGGUAAAAUUAUGGAUCAUAGAAACUCUUUGCAAUUUCCUGAUGACAUAGAAAUAUCAAAAGAAGCAAAAUCUCUUAUAAGAGGUUUGUUAACUGAUAGAACUAGAAGACUGGGUAAGAAUAGUGUUGAUGAAAUCAAGCAACAUCCAUUUUUUGUCAAUGAUCAGUGGAGUUUUGAAAAUUUAAGAGAUUCAGUUCCUCCAGUAGUCCCUGAGUUGUCCAGUGAUGAUGAUACAAGAAAUUUUGAUGACAUUGAAAAGUCAGAUGCAUUAGAUGAAUCUUUCCCAGUUCCAAAGGCUUUUGUUGGUAAUCAUUUACCAUUUGUUGGAUUCACUUACAAUGGUGAUUAUCAAUUAUGUGCUAGAAAAAAUAAACCUGUUGAUGUAGUGGACACAAUCUCUAAUAAUCAUAUAAAUAAUGUUGGAUCUGAGGCAAUACUCCAAUUAGAGAAGCUGUUAGAAAGGGAAAGAGAUAUUCGACGUAAACUUGAAGACAGACAAGUGAUUUUGUGUUCACAGUUGGAAGAAUUAUCACAGAGAGAAUCUAGAAGUAAAAAGAUCAUUGCUGACACAGACAAAGAAUUAGCAUUACUAAAACAUGAUCUAAAGGAAAUACAACGAAAAGCUGAAGUUGAAGCAGAAUCACGAAGAAAGGCAGAAAUUAACUAUCAUGAUGCAAAGAGGCGUCUUGAAGAAGAGUCAAACAGAAGAGCUAAAGAAAUUAGUAAUUUGCAAAGUUAUAAUGAUAAGAUAAAUGCAUUAGAAAAGCAACUGAAUGAGAUGCGCGACAAAUUGAAACAAGAGUCUGAAGCUGCAGCUAAGUCAAGGAAACAAGCAGCAGAAUUAAGUGCAGCUCAAGCUGCUGCUGCUGCAGUGAGUGAUGGGACAAUGGCUAGUCUACGAGCCCAAAGAGAUGCAUUGGAGAGAGAAUGUGGAAUGUUAUCUGAGGAGUUGGGAUCCGUCAAAGCUGCUAAGCAGAGAUCUGAAUCAGCAUUAACCGAAGCAACUGCUAGAUUGAACUCUUCACAUGUAGAGUUGGAGAGAUCUUCCUCACGAUUGCUUCAAGUUUCAACAGAUAAUAGGCAAUUGACAGAACGCGUUUCGUCACUAGAGAAAGAAUGUGCUUCAUUAUCACAUGAGCUUCGAGCUGCACAGCAUUUGUACCAACAAGAACUGCGAGCUCAUCAGGACACUCAGCGAUCACAGUUGCUUUCAAAGCAAGAAGCCAAUUUGGAGCUAGUCAAGACUCUGCAAGGUAAGCUGAAUGAAGAGAAGGUUGCAAGACAACGCUCUGAAGCUGCAUGUCAAGAGAAAGAUCGUCAAAUGUCAAUGCUCAGUGUUGACUACAGACAAAUGCAGCAACGCUUGCAGAAGUUAGAGGGCGAACAUCGCCAGGAGAGUGAAAAGGUGGUGGGACUAGCGGCAGCCUUGGAGCAGGAGCGUACUGCUCGAUUGGCGGCCGGCAGCGAGGUGGCGGCCGCUGAAUCUGCCGCGCGCGCCGCCGCCGCCGAGAGGGACGCUCGCUCGAGGGACCUCCACGCUGUCCGCACCGCUCUACACGACGCCUCAGAGAAACUGGCAGCCGCCUCCGCAGAACGAGACAUGCAUGUGGCCAGGAGCGAGGAGCUUCGUUCUCAGCUGGAGAAUGAGCAGCACUACUGCAUGAUGUACCGGACGCAGGUGAACGAGUUGCGCGCGCAAUCGGACGAGAGCUCGCGCGCCGCCCGCGACCUGGAGCAGGAGCGGGCUAGUCUGAUGCACCAGUUGCAGCUAGCAAUCGCCCGCGCCGACUCGGAAGCCAUCGCCAGAUCGAUAGCUGAAGAAACAGUUGGCGAGCUAGAGAAGGAAAAGACAAUGAAGGAAUUGGAAAUGCGUGAUGCGCUAGCUCAGCACCGUGGCGAGUUAGCGGCGCGCGAUGCCUUAGUACAGGGGCUGCGAGAUAGGGAUCAUGAGAACCGAGCCACCAUUGACCUGCAGAGGAAGGAGGUGGACGAGUUGAGACGCAGCGGUACAGCUCUGGCUGAACGCGUGGCCACUCUGCAACACCUGCAGGAGGAAGUGGAUAGACUCAACAAGAAACUCAACUCUGAGAUCAUGCUCAAGCAGCAGGCCGUCAACAAGCUGGCCGAAAUCAUGAACAGGAAAGACAUGAAUCCCGCAACGACGAAGAAUAAGAGCAAGAUGUCAGUGCGCAAGGACAAAGACUAUCGCAAACUACAGCAAGAGUUGACUCGAGAAAAGGAGAAAUUCGAUCAGCACAUCUCCAAGCUUCAACGUGACUUGCAAGACUCGCAGCAACAACUCGUAGAGGAGCAACAGACCAGGCUGCGACUUGCAAUGGAGGUGGACAGCAAAGACGUUGAGAUUGAGCAACUAAAAGAGAAACUGGCUGCUCUGACUAGCGAGACCGCGUCACAAUCAUCCGCGGAUGCUGAAGACGGAGAGACGGAACAGACCCUCGAGGGAUGGCUCUCUGUACCUUUCAAGCAGAACAUCAGACGACACGGCUGGAGGAAACAGUACGUCGUCGUCUCCUCAAAGAAGAUCAUCUUCUACAACUCUGAGAACGACAAACAGAAUACAACAGAUCCAGUUAUGAUACUCGAUUUGAGCAAGGUGUUCCACGUGCGAUCGGUGACGCAGGGGGACGUGAUCCGCGCGGACGCGAAGGACAUCCCGCGCAUAUUCCAGCUGCUGUACGCGGGCGAGGGCGAGGCGCGCAGGCCCGGCGACGCCGCCGAUCAGCCCACAGACGGACAGGAUCACGCCGGCAAUACAGUCCAACACAAGGGGCAUGAUUUAGUGAACAUAACAUACCACAUACCGACCGCGUGCGAGGUUUGCACUCGUCCACUAUGGCACAUGUUCCGUCCGCCGCAAGCAUACGAAUGUCGACGUUGCCGCAUGAAAAUCCACGUGGAGCACAUAAACGAGGGCGAGGGCGUGGCGGCGUGCAAGCUGCACGCGAACCGUGCGCGCGAGCUGCUGCUGCUGGCGGCGGGCGCGCCCGAGCAGCGCCGGUGGGUGGCGCGGCUGGCGCGCCGCGUGCAGCGCUACGGGUACCGCGCCGCGCACCACACCGGCCACGACCACACCAAGCUGUCGCCCAGGUAACGCCGCGCCGAGGCUGUGUAUAUACAGUGUACACCCCGAGGUGGACACUCGGUGGCGCGCCGCGUGCAGCGCUACGGGUACCGCGCCGCGCACCACACCGGCCACGACCACACCAAGCUGUCGCCCAGGUAACGCCGCGCCGAGGCUGUGUAUAUACAGUGUACACCCCGAGGUGGACACUCGGUGGCGCGCCGCGUGCAGCGCUACGGGUACCGCGCCGCGCACCACACCGGCCACGACCACACCAAGCUGUCGCCCAGGUAACGCCGCGCCGAGGCUGUGUAUAUACAGUGUACACCCCGAGGUGGACACUCGGUGGCGCGCCGCGUGCAGCGCUACGGGUACCGCGCCGCGCACCACACCGGCCACGACCACACCAAGCUGUCGCCCAGGUAACGCCGCGCCGAGGCUGUGUAUAUACAGUGUACACCCCGAGGUGGACACUCGGUGGCGCGCCGCGUGCAGCGCUACGGGUACCGCGCCGCGCACCACACCGGCCACGACCACACCAAGCUGUCGCCCAGGUAACGCCGCGCCGAGGCUGUGUAUAUACAGUGUACACCCCGAGGUGGACACUCGGUGGCGCGCCGCGUGCAGCGCUACGGGUACCGCGCCGCGCACCACACCGGCCACGACCACACCAAGCUGUCGCCCAGAGACUCGAUGCGAUCGAAUCUGAAGGCGGCAUACAUGAACGCGUCACAACGCAGCUCGACUCUGCCCGCAAACUCAUCGCUGCCGCGCCAGUGACAGCAACCGGUCCGUCGCUGCGAUACUUUACCUUACGGCCCCGGUAAAUGAGUCUGGAAUUGAUUAACACUAAUGAUAGUCUGGCUACAUCGUACUAACACUGUCGUUUUUGAUUUCACCCUAAUAGAAUUUUCGAAAGUGUUUAAGCCUAUUAUGGAAUUUGUUUCGUUAUCGGCGAUUCGAGGGUUUGGAUCCUUUUUUUUUACUAUAAAUUAGCUAGUCUCUUAUGAUAGGUGUUUGUCCAAAUUAUUAAUUUACAUGACUUCAGCUUGGUUGCUGUGAUAGUUAAUGCGAGAGUGUAGAUUAUUAUUAUGUACUUAUUUUAAUAUGGAAACGCAGGCGAACGUAACCGCGAACGAAGAAGAUUAAAAUCUUUUCCUGAUUGAACGAGAAUUAUGAGUGAAAAUGGGACCGUUUUCCAAAUAAAUGAAAAUGGCUUGUUAUUAUGGUGAUAUUUUACUUUGGCCUGAAUAUAUUUCGAUGUGAUAUUUAUAAACCCUCUCAAAUGAAGAACACUUUAACGUCUAUUAUAAUACAGUAAUGAAUUGUUAUUAUAACGUGAUUUAUAUGAAUAGAAAAAAAUAAUGUCUAGGUAUGUCAUUCGAAACCUGUUACCAAUUAAUUAAAAUAUAUGAAAUUAGGUAAACGAUGGAAUUAAGACAUCAUGUACUUAUAUUUCAAGUAGCAGCACCGGUUAAUUAUCAUCGAGCAUGAUCCGUAUGUAUCACGUGUACUUGUCUCAUUGCGAAGACAUGUUUAUAAUUGAAUCGAAUCAUGUAAAUAUUAGUUAUAUUAAUUAUGUUGAUAUUACGUUUUUUUAUUCGCUAUUGUUAUUAUAAAAAUAUGAAUAUGCGCGUGUUGAGAAAGCAUUUUGUUUUGUUACUCGCGGUGAUAUCGCUUUCGGGUUGAGUAGAGUUGAGUGUGAGACGGCUAGGGAUGUGAGAGCUAAAGUUAGCUUUUUUCAUGCGCUACUGUGAGUCUGUUUUUGUGUCCGGAUGUUUUGGUGUUUACAUAAUAGUGAUAUCUUUUGAUUAUUGGCUUCAAUAUCUACAUUGAAACAGGUUUGUUUUACAUGAUGACCUUAUACAAAGGCACCAAGCUUAAUAGUGGUCACUUCACGUAGUUACGCUCAGCAGAUAGCCUUGCCUUGCUGUUAUCUAGUACUAGUUUUUUCGAUUUGCUCAAAAGAUCUUAGUACGGUUUCCGAGCGAAUGUGUGGAAUGAUAAGACUGUGUACUCUUACAGCCCGCGUAGCGAUCAGCCCGCGUAGCGUGACAAACUUAAGAAACUCUGUCUACACCCAAAUUUCUCAGGUCGAUAGUGAGAUAUUGUGUAGUUGCACUGCAAAAAAGUGACAUUUGGGUUUAGACAAAACGUUCUCGAAUUCGUCAUGUCACAGGUACUUGUGCAAAUAAAAUAAUAUCCAGAUCUUAGUUUAAUUCGGAGUUAUCCAUAAUAU